CCAGUGCCGAGAUCACGUUGACAAACACACACGUGUGUCCACAGCAAGCAUGGAUCUCUCCAAGUGGUGCAAUCUAAAGACCGAACCGAGCUUAAAGCACCUGACAGAGGCAGGAUUCGGUGUCCCGAAAGAGAAACAGAGCGUGCCGGUGCAGGAGCUGGUGAAGGCGCACAUUGAGUCCUUCGAUCAGGCGGUUACUGAUGGAUUAUGUCGAGUUGUGGAGGCUAUUCCUCCUAUGGAGUUCCUGUACAAGGGCGACAGGAUCAGUCUGUCGUUUGUGGAGGCCAUCAUUCACACUCCAUCAGUGUCUAAAGGAGGAAUCAGCAGAGACCUGCGGGUCUUCCCUGCCGAGUGCAGAGGCAGGCGCUGCACAUACAGAGCCAAGCUGGUGGCAGAUGUGAGUUGGUCGGUCAAUGGCGUUCCUAAAGGAAUCAUCAAACAGUCUCUGGGUCAGAUGCCGAUCAUGGUCAAAUCAAAGCUCUGCAACCUUCACGGCCUCUCACCCAAAGAACUCCUCGAGCACCAUGAAGAAGCAGAGGAAAUGGGUGGCUAUUUUAUUGUGAACGGCAUAGAGAAGGUGAUUCGUCUUCUGAUCAUGCCGAGAAGAAAUUAUCCCAUCGCUGUAUCCAGACCGAAGUUUAAAAGCAGAGGACAGGGUUACACUCAGUACGCUAUUUCAAUGCGAUGUGUGAAGGAAGAACACACAGCUAUUAAUAUGAAUCUUCACUAUCUGGACAAUGGAACGGUGAUGGUGAACUUCAUCUACCGGAAAGAGCUGUUCUUUCUUCCUUUGGGCUUUGCACUAAAGGCUCUAGUGGAUUAUUCCGAUUACCAGAUCUACCAAGAGCUGAUUAAAGGUCGAGAGGACAACUCAUUCUAUAAAAGCUGUGUCUCUGAAAUGCUGCGUAUAGUCAUGGACCAGGGCUGCACCACUAAAAUCAAGGUGCUGAAUUACCUGGGCGAGCGUUUCCGGGUCAAACUCAACCUCCCAGAAUGGUUCACUCACGAGCAGUGCGCUCACUUCUUGCUAGAUGAAUGUCUGUGUAUUCACCUGAAGACAGAUGUGGAGAAGUUCUACAUGUUGUGUUUGAUGACACGGAAGCUUUUUAGCUUUGCCAAGCAGGAGUGUAUGGAGGAGAAUCCUGACAGUCCGAUGUUUCAUGAAGUUCUCACCCCAGGCCAGCUUUACCUCAUGUUCCUGAAGGAGAAAAUGGAAGGCUGGUUGGUGUCCGUGAAACUGGCAUUGGAAAAAAAACCUCAAAGAGUCGGAGGACUGACUCCAGACUCUAUGACCAAACUCUUUAACAUGGGUACAGAUCUCACCAAAGCCUUUGAGUAUCUGUUAGCCACAGGAAACCUCAUGUCCAAGACUGGUUUGGGCAUGUUGCAGAACAGUGGUCUGUGUGUCGUGGCAGACAAGCUGAACUUCAUCCGCUAUCUGUCUCACUUCCGCUGCGUGCACAGAGGAGCCGCCUUCGCCAAAAUGAGGACCACAACUGUGCGAAAGCUGCUGCCGGAGUCCUGGGGUUUCCUCUGUCCGGUUCACACUCCUGAUGGAGAACCGUGCGGACUUAUGAACCACAUGACAGCUCACUGUGAGAUUGUGGCCCCAGUGUAUCCCACAAGCACCCUGCCAGGCCUUCUCUGCUCACUAGGUGUGAAUGCAGCCGAUGGUAACCCAGGCCAGGCAUAUUCAGACUGUUAUCCUGUCAUACUGGAUGGGGCCAUGAUUGGGUGGGUGGAAAAAGAAGUGGCGCCAUCAGUCAUUGAAUCUCUCCGUAGAUUCAAGGUGCUUGGAGAGAAAAAAGUGCCACCCUGGACUGAGAUCGUUCUGGUUCCUCAGACGGGUAAAGCCAGCUUGUACCCAGGCCUCUAUCUGUUUACCACACCCUGUCGCAUGGUUCGAACAGUCCGAAACCUCAGUCUGGGUAAACAGGAGUUGAUUGGCAUAUUUGAACAGGUGUACCUGAAUGUGGGCAUCUUUGAGAAGGAGAUAGAGGACGGUGUGACCACCCAUCAAGAGCUCUUCCCUCACAGUAUGUUGAGUGUCGUUGCAGAAUUCAUCCCUUUCUCAGAUCACAACCAGAGUCCCAGAAACAUGUACCAGUGCCAGAUGAGUAAACAGACGAUGGGAUUCCCACUGCACUCGUACCAGUACCGAUCUGACAAUAAACUGUACCGUCUACAGACACCUCAAAGUCCUCUGGUCAGACCUGCAAUGUAUGACCAUUAUGAUGUCGACAAUUACCCUAUUGGUACCAACGCAAUAGUGGCAGUCAUUUCUUACACUGGCUAUGAUAUGGAAGAUGCUAUGAUCGUCAACAAGUCUUCAUGGGAGCGUGGCUUUGCUCAUGGUUCUGUUUACAAGACUGAAAUCAUAGACCUUUCGGAGAAGGUCAAGGGCGACGACAGCAUUGUGUUUGGGGUGAAGCCGGGCGACCCUAAAGUUAUGGGCAAGCUUGAUGCAGAUGGACUGCCGUUUAUCGGCUCCGUGUUAAAGUACGGAGACCCUUUCUAUGGCUACAUCAGUCUCAACACCGGCCAGAGCCAUGUGUAUUUCUACAAGUACCAAGAAAGCUGUGUGGUGGACAAUAUCAAGGUAUGCAGUAAUGAGACUGGAACUGGACGCUUUAAGCGGAUUUGCGUCACAUCCCGCGUUCCCAGAAACCCCACCAUCGGAGACAAAUUCGCCAGCAGACACGGACAGAAGGGAAUCCUGAGCCGUCUGUGGCCUGCAGAGGACAUGCCGUUCACCGAAAGCGGUAUGAGCCCAGACAUCCUAUUCAACCCUCACGGCUUCCCCUCUAGAAUGACCAUCGGGAUGCUCAUCGAGAGCAUGGCAGGAAAAUCCGCUUCCCUUCACGGUUUGUGCCAUGAUGCCACACCAUUCACAUUCUCUGAGGAAAAUUCAGCACUCGAGCACUUUGGGGAGUUGCUGAAAGCCGCCGGAUACAAUUAUUACGGUACAGAGCGCCUGUACUCCGGCCUCAGUGGCUUGGAGCUCGAAGCGGACAUCUUCAUCGGGGUUGUUUACUACCAGCGCUUGCGUCACAUGGUCUCCGACAAGUUUCAAGUGAGAACUACAGGAGCGAGAGAUAAAGUAACCAAUCAGCCAAUGGGAGGCAGGAACGUUCAGGGAGGAAUCCGCUUUGGGGAAAUGGAGCGGGACGCUCUGCUGGCUCACGGGACGUCGUUUCUGCUUCACGACCGGUUGUUUAACUGCUCGGAUCGCUCCGUGGCGCAAGUUUGCAUGGACUGUGGUAGCCUAUUGUCGCCACUUCUGGAAAAGCCGCCGCCUAAUUGGUCUGCUACACGUCAUCGGAAAACCAUCUGCCUGCUUUGCAAUAAGUCUGACUCUAUCGAGACCGUCUCUGUGCCUUAUGUGUUCAAAUAUUUCGUAGCCGAGCUUGCAGCAAUGAACAUUAAAAUUAAAUUGGACGUCAAGUAAAAUAGCAUUUUGAGUGCAUUCAGUUGCUUUGCUUGCUUGAAAAAUAAAGUGCCUGAACUGAU